UUAUUAGAGACCCGUCACAUUUGUCAACUUCCGUACGCAACAGGUUGUGUUUUGGCGAGAAGGUUCAAGGCUGCAGGACCAAGAUUUUAACAUGAUUUUACAUUUUAGACUUCAUCCACUUAUGACGACAUCCAUGUUUCUGUAAAGAUGUCGAGACCGGAGUCUGAUCUCAAAGAAAGAUUGAAAAACCUCUUCAAAUUCAGCAGAGCUCCAUCAGCACCGUCGACAGCUCAUAGAACUCAAACCAAAGAUAUCGUCCUUACACCUGAUGUUUUGAGGGAGAUUUGUCCUGAGAGUCCUGCUAACAAUCGAAUCCGGACCAUCCGUGAUCUCAGUGACACAGUGAAGAAGAAGAGGUUGGAAGAGAAUGCAAUAGAGGCACUAUGGAAGAACAUAAGUGAUCUCCUUCAACCUCAAGUGACCACAGAAAGUCGGCAGGUUGCUUUGCACUUUCUGAAGUGUCUCUUGGAGGGACAGCUGCAGAAUCUUGGCAUCCUAAGAGGGCAUUUCUUCAAGGUCAUCGAAGCCUUGACAGGUCCUGAUGAUCUCUCACACAGGCUAGAUCUCUUCAGGGUUCUGAGUGAAAAUGGCAAGAAUCUACAUGAUUUUGAAGACGAGACUGGUCCUUUCCUGUUGAAGUGGAUGUCAGAGGUGAUAUCAGCUGGAUACAUCAGCAACUUCCUGUCUCUGCUCAUCAAUGUCAUCAAAUACAAUGCAGCCUACUUGUAUGAGGAUGAAGUGGCCGGUCUUGUCCAACAGACCUGUAUGAUUCCCAACAGCACUCGUCUUGAUGAAGAACAUAAUCUAAAGUUGUGUCUGGCUGUUCUUGAUUCGGUGGUCAGCUACAGCUAUCUACCCACCUCAGCUCUCUACCACUUUGUAGCUGCUCUGUGCCACAUGGUCAACAAACCCAAGUUCUGUGAUGACAGCUGGGAGCUUAUGCGGAAACUGCUGGGGACUCAUCUGGGGCACAGUGCAGUCUACACCAUGUGUUGUAUGCUACAGGACAGCAAGCUCCUGGCAGACUGCCUAUUGCUACGAGGAGCUGUGUUCUUUAUUGGCAUGGCUCUGUGGGGAGCUCACCGAGUCAGCAGCCUCAGGAACACCCCCACUUCAGUUCUUCCUUCAUUCAGACAGGUUUUAUCCACCUCGGACUGGCUUGUUGCCUAUGAAGUGACCAAGUCUGUGCAGAGACUUGUGAGAAAGUAUGGGAAGGAUCAACAGCAUAUCACCUGGGAUAUUCUGCUGGAUAUCAUUGAGAUCAUCCUAAAACAAUUGCACACAGCACAGCUGAAUGGUGCAGUUCCGGAUUCCGCCAUGCAGUGUCAGCUGGAGGUGCAUGAUGUCCUGUCUGCUGUGGAGGAACUACAUCGACAUGGACAUUUCCUUGGAUCUCCACACAGGUUCUUCACCAUCCUGGAACUGUGUUCUAAUAAGAGAUCGGAGUCAUCUGUUGAGAUGCUGAUGGAGUACCAGGCCCAGGCCAUACACCCAGGCAAGGAGCAGUGGAUGCAAAGUCUCAACCAUCUCAUGGACAAGUACUUCAGGCAAGAAAGCCGAACUGGUAUUCGCAAGAAAGCUCUGGAUAUCCUGUCCCAUGUACUCAGUAUCAACAAGCAUGUGUAUGAGAGUGACCUUAUUGAGCGGGUUGUAUUGCCACAUCUCGGUCACAUUGAGAUGGACCCUGACCCUGAUGUGAGGAAGGUGACUGUUGAGAUGUUGCUGGUGCUGGCGCAGGAUUGCAAGACAGGCGAGUUCCAGGACAUCAUGGCAGUUGUUGAGAAGGUGAUAAGGAAACCCUUGAGUACAUUCCCUGCUGGAGGUGAGAUGGAUGUGAGUCAGCCAGUGGACGAGGCUUUAGUGGUGGAUGUCAAAACAGCUGUCCUCAAACUGUGUGAUGUCUUCAAGCACCGAUUGUACAUAAUUCCAUCAAACUACUGUGUAAGGAUUUACCGCCACCUGAUUGCUCAUGUCAACACCCACUAUGUCCAUGGUUAUACUGGAUACUCAGCUUCUUGUAUUAGACAGGCGGUGAUGGAACUGCUCUUACAACUCCGGUCAGAUAGUUUCCACCGCAUCGGCUUCACAGAGGUUGGACAAGAUGGCCCAUGUCCAUUUAGCCCAUAUAUCACAUGUAAACAGAGGGAUGAUAUGGAAGAGGAGGCUCCAUCCAGCCCGGUUACCGCUGCUGGUGUGACUCCCAGCCCAUGGUACCAACCACCUGCCAUUUUACAGUACAGUGAAGCAUUCAAACUCUACAUCACCUGUUUACAGCAUGAGUUGGACUGGCAUGUCCUGAAGUGUGUUUUGGAAUAUCUGCCAUUAGUCCUUCAGAAUAAGACCCUAAUUCUCACCACAACAGACAACAUGGUGGCCACUCUCUGUCAUCGUCUUUGUGCCAUGGUAAAUGACAGAUCUUUGGGGUUCCUUGAAAAGCUGCAGAGAUUACCAUCGAAACUGACCCGAUCAGAUUUCCAUUCCUAUGUGUUUCCAGUGCUGGCCACCAUGGUCACCUACCAUGAUUACCUGGACAGAAAUGGACAGAAAGAGCUGUUAAAGUGCCUGGAGUUUGGCCUGGUGUCCAAGUGUGCCAAGACAUGUGUGAGUGCUUUGCGGAUCUCUGCCCUUGAGAUGCAGGAAGUGAUGAUGAGGUUGCUGCCCUCCGUGCUGCUGUCUCUCUCCAAGAUCUCUGCCACAAUGUCCAUGGCCAUUCCUGUCCUAGCUUUUCUAUCAAGCAUUGUCAGGCUGCCCAAUCUUUAUGCCAACUUUGUUGAAGACCAGUACAUGAGUGUAUUUGCCAUAGCUCUCCCCUACACAAACCCAUUCAAGUUCAGCCACUACACAGUGUCCCUGGCUCACCAUGUUAUCGCCAUCUGGUUUGUCCGUUGUCGCCUCCCAUUCAGGAAAGGAUUUGUCAAGUUCAUACACAAGGGCUUGAGGGCUAAUGUGCUGCAGCAGUUUGAGGAGAACUCUGUGCACAACCUCCAGAAUCAGGACAACAGGAAUCAGGACUCAACAAAUCGUAUCCGCAGUGGCUCAUACAGUGAAGGGGGACGGGUCAGACGCAGAAUGGUGUCUGGAUCUGCUGUGACAAAACGAGACCCACCACCUGUAGAUGAGAAAAUGACUCUCUUCCAUCGGGAACUAACUGAGACAUGCACUGAUGUCAUGGCCAGAUAUACUUUUGCCAACUUUGCAGCAGUACCACACAGGUCUCAGCUGGUACAGUUCUUACUCUCUGGAACACAGAAUCAAACAUGGCUGCUUGGUAACAAAAUCAUCACCAUAACAACAAGUGGGAGUGGCAUUAAGGCUGCCAAUGCCGGCGUAUGUGAGAAAUGUAUUAUGUUGUAUCAUGAAGCACAAGAAGCUAGAAAGCCGUUGGUGAAGAGAGAGCGUCGCAGACACAAGUCUGCUGCCUGUCUAAGCCGCAGUCAGAGUCAGGUGGAGCCUGCCUCCUCCCCUUGUGCUGAUGAUAGUGCUGUGCUUCAGACCAAGUGGUCACAUGAUGAUCUCAGUGUCACACGGGGCAGUGACGAUGUCGGAGUCCAAACUGGUAGCUCCCUGUCAGGGGACUCUCUGGACUCUUAUCUUUUUUGGCGUUUACUGGGUGUUCUGUCUGCGGGCAGAACAUUCCACGAGCCGAUAAGCACGAUAAGUGCUUGUGCUGCCUUGAGAAGACGCCUCGGCUUUUCCGGAGGGGGAGGGUUCGCUCCCAUUCCCCCUCUCGGUGCUGGCGCAGGGUCUGUUGAGGAUUCCUGGGGUUCCGUUCCCUGCGCUGCCCUGCCCCAUGAGAGCGGAGGAGUCGGUUCUGCCCGGUCUUCCUCCCGUGUCUCGGGACUGGGGUUCGAGUGGUGUGUCGGUUCCGGAGCGGGGAGUUCCUUCGGCUCUUCCCUUUCCUCGGUGUCUGGGGCUCGGCUUCCGACCGGGUCGGGGUUCGGAUCCUCUUCACGAGGAGACCUGGUUUCUGACUCGGGCUCGGGUGCCGAGUCUAUGGACGUUUGGGAGGUCGAGGAGCCGGAGGGCACUUUUCGCUUCUCGUCGGCUUACCGGACUUAUGAGGAAGUCUAUCGGAAUGCCAUGCAGCAGGUUCAAAAAGUGAGCCGGAAGAGAAGCCCUUCUGCCCCGAGUCUGCUUCCCUGUACCUGCUGGUGCAUUGGUUGGGCAGAAGUCAACAUCCGUGGGCCCAGUGGCAAUGUCUCAUGGGUCAUGAGGAUUGAGAAUGAGAUCAGCUCCAGUGCUGCAAGCCGUGAGGUUUCCUUACAGGACAUCACAAUGUUGUUUAAACCUAUGCCAGAGGAGUGGCAUGGCAACAAAAAAGGAGGCCGAAAAAUUGAUAGUGAGAGUCUUGGAGAAGAGGAAUAUGAAUCUCUCUACUCCAAACACUUCUCAGCUUACCUUGAUGACAGCAGCAUGUUGCAGCCUGCUGGAUCUCCACAGGAUGAAUUAGUUGCUGUUCCGGCAAGCCCAUCUUGUUCUGACCAUAGCCCCCUAGUGACAAGCAAUGAUCACUCCACAGAUGAGGCAGCUGACACAGGCAUGCACUUUCAGUCACCACACUCAAUACGGAAGACAAGUUCCUCUCCUUCUUUGUUUGGGUCCUACAGUGAGGAGUCAGGUUUCCCAGACCAAAUGAAUUAUGACAGACCCGUGGGAGGCACCGAGGUAGUGUUAGAGCACAAUGCAGAGGUGGCCUCAAGUCUCCAUACAGUGGGAAGAGCAGCUGAGGAGCAUGCAGGUGGGGUACCAACAGAAGGAACCAGCCUUAGAGAUGGCCAAACAGAUUCAUCUCCUCUAGAACUGAUAGAGGAGUAUGUAGCCAACAGUCAGGACUCACUGUUACAGUGGCAGCAGCAGGCAGCCAGCAGCUCCCAGGAUUCCUCGGUACAGGAUGAGGUUGCAGACCUACCACCUGUCAAAAAGAGAGGCCACACAAUUUCUGUCAUGUCCCCUGCCCAGGAUGUGAGACAGUUAGAAGACACUGAUCCAAAGGGGGGAAAGGCAGGCCGAAGCAAAGAAUUCCGAGGAGGCGUUAGUCCAAGUUUUGUAUUUCUGCAGCUGUUUCACAACCAUCCACUCUUCAGCGGAUCAGACACCCCAGUUCUCUUACCUCAAACUGAGACUAUCAACCGUGCACUGCGCAUGUUGGACCAUAUUCACCCAUAUGAAACUCACAAGAUCGGUGUGAUAUAUGUUGGCCCAAACCAGGUGACUGAUGAGAAAGGAAUUCUGUGCAAUCUGUUUGGUUCCCCGCGCUAUGCACGCUUUGUGCAAGGUCUUGGAGAGCUGAUACAUCUGCAGGACGUUGAUCCCGAUCGCAUCUAUGUGGGAGGUCUGGCACUGACUGGCAGCGAUGGACGGUUUGCCUACAGCUGGCAGGAUGAGUCAAUGCAAGUGAUUUUCCAUGUGGCUACUUUAAUGCCAAACAGAGAAUCUGAUCCUAACUGCAAUGCAAAGAAACUGCACAUCGGAAAUGACUUUGUGACGAUUGUGUACAAUGACAGUGGUGAAGACUACAAGAUGGGGACCAUCAAGGGCCAGUUUAAUUACGUAAACAUUGUCAUCCGUCCACUGGACUAUGAGAGCAAUGCAGUGACACUGCAGACUAAAGAAGAGCCAUAUGAGUUCAAGGGCCAAAUAUCUACAGAUAUUGCUGACAUCCUUGGUCACACAGACACCAAGAUAAUCUCUGACAGCAGCCUGGCAUUGCUGGUCCGACAGAUUGCCAUGCAUUGCAAUCUUGCAUCGAUGGUGCUUCAGCGACAACAAUCCCAGCCACAAGAUCCCUUUGCCUCAAACUGGUUGGAAAGGCUCAGACAAAUCAAGCGCCAUUCGACAAAAAGCUAGACUGGAGGAAAGAGGAGACAAUGAUGCUGUAUUAACUGAGGACACUGAACAGAAGACCUUCAGAGGACGAUCCUUCGUUGAGGACUUUACUGAUUAUGUGUAGUAAACAAGUUGAAUUGUGCACAUGAUGCAGCAGUGUGGGGCUUGACACAAGUAUUCCUACUGGUGUUUGCAUUGAGAAGAAACUGUUAGCUGUCUCGUAAACCAAGUUGCCUGCCAGUUGACACAUUAACUAUUUGCAUGGAAAUUUAUGGAGGUGAUUUAAAUAUUGUGUCUGAUGUACAUGAUAAUAUGGUCAGAACCAAAUCAUAAUAAACACUAAUACAAA